CCCGCCCCGGCUCCUCAACACAAACUUUCCGUCCCGCUCGCUCCCUCCUCCGCGCCCGGCGCCUCCCGCUCCAGCCCGGCUCAUUCCGCACAUUCCGGCCAGCCCCCUCCCCACGACCCCCCUUCCCCGGCCCCCCUCUACUCCCUCGGGCCCGGCGGAGCCGCUCGGCCGGAGCGCCCCCCCGAGAUCGGACCAGGCUCAGGCUGCCCAGUGGGCUCAGGCCCAGAGCCCAGAGCAACCAGCACAAUAGCGUCCAACAGCUGGAAUGCCAGCAGCAGCCCCGGGGAGGCCCGGGAGGAUGGGCCCGAGGGCCUGGACAAGGGGCUGGACAACGAUGCGGAGGGUGUUUGGAGCCCGGACAUCGAGCAGAGCUUCCAGGAGGCCCUGGCCAUCUACCCACCCUGCGGCCGCCGCAAGAUCAUCCUGUCAGAUGAGGGCAAGAUGUACGGUCGAAAUGAGUUGAUCGCACGCUAUAUUAAAUUGAGGACAGGGAAGACUCGGACGAGAAAACAGGUCUCUAGCCACUUGCAGGUUCUAGCCAGGCGGAAAUCACGGGAGAUUCAGUCCAAGCUGAAGGCCAUGAACCUGGACCAGGUCUCCAAGGAUAAAGCCCUCCAGAGCAUGGCGUCUAUGUCUUCCGCCCAGAUUGUCUCUGCCAGCGUCCUACAGAACAAGUUCAGCCCACCCUCCCCUCUGCCCCAGGCCGUCUUCUCCACUUCCUCACGGUUCUGGAGCAGCCCCCCUCUCCUGGGACAGCAGCCUGGACCCUCUCAAGACGUCAAGCCCUUUGCACAGCCAGCCUACCCUGUCCAGCCACCCCUACCGCCGACGCUCAGCAGUUAUGAGCCCCUGGCACCGCUCCCCUCAGCUGCUGCCUCUGUGCCCGUGUGGCAGGACCGCACCAUUGCCUCCUCCCGACUGCGGCUCCUCGAGUACUCCGCCUUCAUGGAGGUGCAGCGAGACCCUGACACGUACAGCAAACACCUGUUUGUGCACAUCGGCCAGACCAACCCCGCCUUCUCAGACCCACCCCUGGAGGCAGUGGACGUGCGUCAGAUCUAUGACAAGUUCCCGGAGAAGAAAGGGGGACUGAAGGAGCUCUAUGAGAAGGGGCCCCCCGAUGCCUUCUUCCUUGUCAAGUUCUGGGCUGACCUCAACAGCACCAUCCAAGAAGGCCCCGGAGCCUUCUAUGGGGUCAGCUCCCAGUACAGCUCAGCUGACAGCAUGACCAUCAGUGUCUCCACCAAGGUGUGCUCCUUUGGCAAGCAGGUGGUGGAGAAGGUGGAGACCGAGUACGCCAGGCUGGAGAACGGGCGCUUCGUGUACCGCAUCCACCGCUCGCCCAUGUGUGAGUACAUGAUCAACUUCAUCCACAAGCUGAAACACCUGCCCGAGAAGUACAUGAUGAACAGCGUCCUGGAGAACUUCACCAUCCUGCAGGUGGUCACAAGCCGGGACUCCCAGGAGACCCUGCUCGUCAUUGCUUUCGUCUUUGAAGUCUCCACCAGUGAACACGGGGCCCAGCACCACGUCUACAAACUCGUCAAAGACUAGGGUGCUCUCUGCCCCCACCACCACGAUUUACACACCUGCCUGGCACCCCCGGGUCCAGGAUUGAGGACUCAUCUGCCUGCCAGGUCUCAGGCCCAGGACCCAGGAGGCCUCCCCCCACCCCCAGCACACACACUCCCUGCCACUGUUCUGCGCUUUAAUUGUGGGAGAAGAGAGGAGGGCUCAGCAGUGGAGCAGCCUGGCCGGGACGCUGAACCACCAGCCUGGAAAGUGGGAGGACCCCUUCUGGCUCAGGCGUGUGUGGCCACUGGCCCCUCAGGUGGGUGGGGGCAGAAUGGAGACCCCUGGAAGGAGAGUGUCCACUUGGGGUUGGGUUGAGAAGAAGAGAGAGGCGCCCACCUCCCUGUGCUGGCCGUGUGCCGGGCCUGGUGCAGAACACUCAGACCCUGCAGGGCAAGGGCAGGUCUUGGUGUCUGGGCUGAGGGAUCCGUCGGUGAUGUGGGCAGAGGUGGAGUCCUCACCCAGGCGGCCUGUCCCUAGGGCCCAGGUUUACACUGCCUCCCCCGAGUGGGGGCGGCCACAGGGUGUGGGAGGCAGGGUCUGCACUGAGGGGCUGGGGCCAGCUGGGUCGGGGACCCACUUCCUCCCAGAGCCCUGCCAGCCUGCCAUCUGGCCAGGGGCUUCGGGAGACUCCUGUGCCAACCUCCAGGCUGCUCGGCCCAGAUCUGGGCCCGAGCCCCGCAACUGGCAGCCCCCGAGAGGCUCCUGCGGGCAGGCCCAGGCUCAGGAACAGGCUAGAGGGUCAGGUAGGAAGAUGGAGUCCCAGCCCCUGGGCAGACCAGUGGCCCAGGGACAAGGUAGCAGAAGGCUAUGGUAUUUUCUCCUAACUGGUGCACCCUCGCUGGGCACCAUGCCCUUGUUUUCCCCACCUGCAUCUCUCUGGCUGGAGCAACAGCUCCCCAGACCCAGUCUGGGACUGAAGGUUCACCCUUACCCUGCUGCCCAUUCCCAACCCCCAGGGCCCUCAACCUCCAGCCUUGUCCUCCAGCCGCCUCUGGGUAUUUAUAAGUUUCAUAUGAAGUACUGUGCCCCUUCCCUUCCUCACCCUGCCCCUGAGCUUCCUGAAGGUCCUCACAGUUUGCAUACCGCUCAGGCCACCUCCAAACCCAACCUAGGUUUUAUAAUGUAUAUUAUAUAUAUUUUGUGUAUUUUUUAAAUCCAGCUGUGAUGGGUUAUAUCAUAAAUGUGGCGUGAGGCUGGGGCAGGAGCCCUCAAAGCCGGGCUCCUGCUCAAAAAAAAAAAAUUAAAGUUAUUUGUUUGUGGGUUAGUCAUA